CGCGAAUGAGAGGAGUGGUGGCAUUUUGUUGAAAGUGACGCGAGCGUGGAGUUGGAGAUAGGGAUUUUCAGCCAUUCCUCUCCAUUAAAAUUAAUGUAGACACUUGGUGUAGAUUCUGCGGCUGAAUUUCCCAGUAAAAUUGCAGGUAUAAUGAAAAAACACAAUAAUACUGCACUGGACUGGACAAUAUGAUAUCAGAUGCCAUAACAGAAACUGAGGCCCAAAGCCAUGGCUAUACAACAAAUCAUAAGUGUGAUGAGCAUCUCUUGAAGCAGCUAGCAAUUCAUUCAUUUGUGGACACUAAAAUCGUGUCGAAAAUGGAAAAACCAGGUUCAUUGAUUCAAGUUAUUGAAAAAUUGAGCAAGAUAGUGGAGAAGGGAAGAUCAAAGCAGUGUUCUUUGACUGGUCAAAAGAGGUCUUAUAUUAGUACUUCUGACACAAACAGUGCAAUAAUUGAGCAGACAGACAGCUAUGAGAGCACAGCCAAAAAAGUUAUUAAUUUAAACCAGGAAAUAAAGGAUAACAUCUCAAUUAGGCAAACUUAUUUUAAAACAGAAGAUCUGCCUCAGAGUUGCAAUGGCCUUGAUCUGAGCACCCUUGAUUCUGCAGAUAAAUCAAAAGUUUCAAAGAGCUUCUGUUGUACCCUGUGUAACUUUGUAACCGUUGUGCCAUCUGUAUAUUAUAUACAUAUACGUAGCCAUAACAACAUUGAAAGCUACACAUGUGAUCAGUGCAACUUUGCAACUACGGAUUCUAAAGACUUUGUGGCGCACAAAUAUUUGCACAGGAAGCUCACCCGUUACCAAUGCAAUUUAUGCAAAUUCAAUUCGUUGACUUUUUCGCAGUUAAAGGAGCACUUUGAACUACAUGGAAAAUCAGGUGAAGUGGUAUUGAUGUGCUCUGUGUGUUGUUUUGUUUCCAAACAACAAGAGGAACUUGAAGCUCAUAUGUGGAUGCACCUUGAGGAUGCCCAGAUACAAAGAAAACAGCAAUUAGGGCCAAAUGCCAUAGAUGGUGUGGACAGCAACAAUGCAAAAUCAAGAAAUGUUGGUUUUGACACUGAACCAGGCCCAAGAAAGUGGUACACUUAUGACCAGUAUGGCAUGUAUAGAUGUUUGAUUUGCAGUUAUGCUUGUGACCGUCAGAGGAUGUUAAAAACCCACGCAUGGAAACAUGCUGGUGAAGUAGAUUGUUCUUAUCCAAUUUUUGAGGAAUGUGAGACAGCUACCUCAGUAGUUCCUUCCACAGGUCUCACUGCUCCUGAGGAUGAAUCAAUAAUUGUUUUCUCACCAGCUCACAAAUCAGAAAGUGUGCACUGUGUUAGAUCAAAUCCACUGCAGUUUUGUACCCCUCCCUCAAUCACUGUAAUGGACUCAGUGGACUGCAAAGCCUCACUGUCUGACACUGCUGUGAAAAAUUCAGCUCUUGUCCAGUCAAAAGCACCUGCUGAUACUGUAGUAGAAAUUGUUGAGGAGGGGCCUCUGAUGCUUGAUUGUGAACAAGAAAGUACAGUGUCCGAUAGCCUUCUUUCUUCUGCACAAAAGAUCAUUAAUUGCAGUUCUAACAAGGCAGGACAUGUCAAUGUCAUAGUAGAGCGUGUCCCAGGAGCUGGGGAGAGUGUUCCAGAAAAGCACUUCCUGAUGACACCAGAUAUUGAAGCUGAAAAGAGGCUUAUCUCUGAAAAAUCUCACAUGAUCUAUUGUGAGGAUUCUUCAGAUUUAUAUCAACAAGCUACCAGUGCAGCUGAACUGGAAACAGCUGUCUUAAGAUGGAAUCCAGAAGAAAGUAAUGGUGCUUUAAAAUCUGAACCUGCAGCAGUUGAUGAAAAUGUUCCCCCAUCAAGAAGGAGAACCAAUUCUGAAUCUUUGAGGCUUCAUUCAUUGGCUGCUGAAGCUCUUGUUGCAAUGCCAAUGAGAGCACCAGAAUUUACUCGAGCAAGUGUCAAAAAUCCUGAGUCUGAUGCAGAACAAAGAAGCAUGGAAGUCAGUUCUUCAGUUCCUCAACCUCACAAUUAUUCUGAUGAUCAUACUAGUAAUAACUUGCAACUUGAUGAGACUAAGUCGGGUUUUUCUGAAGUACCAAUCAGAAUGGGCAUCAGCAUGUCACUGCUCACUGUGAUUGAAAAACUGAGAGAAAGAACAGACCAAAAUGCUUCUGAUGAAGAUAUCCUAAAAGAAUUGCAGGAUAAUGCACAAUGUCAACCUUCAAGUGACCUGAGUUCACCAGGCAACUUAGUGGAGUAUAUACCAAACACAGAACGGCCUUACCGUUGUCGCUUAUGUCAUUACAGCAGUGGCAAUAAGGGGUACAUCAAGCAGCAUUUAAGAGUUCAUCGGCAAAGGCAGCCUUACCAGUGUCCAAUCUGUGAUCACAUAGCCACUGAUAGUAAUAAUCUGGAGAGUCAUAUGAUAAACCAUUGCAAGACUCGGAUGUAUCACUGCAAAAGAUGCAAUGCAGCAUUUUAUUAUAAGAGUCAAUUGAGGAAUCACGAACGUGAACAGCAUAGUCUUUCUGACAUUUCCUCAACAAAUGAUGAAAAUGCUGACUUUAGUAGAGAACAAAAAACAGGAAACGCACAAGAAGAAGUACAUUCACCUCAGAAAUUAUAUAAGUGCGACGUAUGUGACUACACAAGUUCAACGUAUGUUGGUGUGCGAAACCACAGAAGAAUCCACAACACUGAUAAGCCCUACAGAUGCAGCAGCUGUGAUUUUGCAACAACAAAUAUAAACAGCUUGAAGUGUCAUAUGAAGCGUCAUCCACAGGAGCAACAGUCCAUUCAGCUGCUGGAACAGUACAAGUGUUCUCUCUGUGGCUAUGAGUGUAGCCAUCCACCCUCACUGAAGUCACAUAUGUGGAAACAUGCAAGUGACCAAAAUUAUAAUUAUGAGCAAGUGAAUAAGGCCAUUAAUGAAGCUAUUUCUCAAAGCAGCAGGUCUCAGGAGCCCCAAAGGAAACUUUCAGCUGAAGAAGUUGAAGAAAUAUCAUCACCACCACCAUCCAUUCAUCUUCCUAUCAAUUCUGAUAAACUUGUGUCAGCUCCAGAAACUGGUGAAACCAGGAGCCCUGAAAAAUAUCAGAAGUUAAAUUCAGAUGUAAAUGUGAACAAUUCACCAGGAAAAAGUGGAAGUCAGACUCGUUCUGGCACAGAGUACUGUGUCUUACUGUUCUGUUGCUGUAUCUGUGGAUUUGAGUCCACCAGUAAAGAGCUGUUGAUGGAUCAUAUGAAGGAACACGAAGGCGAGAUUAUCAACAUCAUCCUUAACAAAGACCACUGUUCUCAGUCUGAAUAGGGCAGAUUGAACUAAAAAGCCUGCAAAAUCUACAUUUUAUUCUUUUGUAGAUGAAGACAUAAAAUAAGCUUGUUUUAGUGUCAACAGAAAAUGAACGUUAACAUUUCAAAGAGUGACUUUUGUCUUUUUAAACUGUUGUCAGCAUUGCAGCUUUCACACUCACAAAAUUAGUGUAAGUAAUUAUUAAUAACCUGAAAGCAAGCAAAAUACUCAAGGAUCAUUUUAAUGUUUCAGUUUCUCCACACUUCUCCACCUCAUGUUCUUAAUACUGACAUUUUUGAUACAGAUUGUAUUUCUGUAUUUAUUUAACUUUUUUUAAAUAUUUAUGCAUGUAGUUUUAGCUGUAGUGAAGAGUGAGUUGUUAUAAGGCAGUCAAGUUGUAUUUACAAUGCACUUUGGUCAUGGUGCUAUUUUAUAAUUGUAUCACUGAACAGAUCUUUUAAGAGCAACAGUAGGGGAAGGAGAUGUUGAUGAAAUCUUUCUCCUUGUUAUUAGCAAUAUAAAUAUAGAUGGAAUAAAGGUUUUAUUUAAAGAUUUGCUUAUUUACGUCUACCCAGGGAACUAUUCGUGUCUAAGUCAAUACAGGUUUUACUACCCGAUUAGAGCAUACAGCUCAUAGACUUCACAGUUCACUGUGAAUGGAAGGGUGGCGGGAUAAAAUUUUCGUCUGUGUAGUUUGUUGCUUAAUACAGUUUUUGUACAUCUUUGAAAUUGAAGUCAUGCUUUCACCUACUUGUUUUUUUCUCUGAAAUACAUUUUACUGCAGACAUAUUACCUUUGAAAUUCCAUACCAUACCACUGACUUAUUUCAAAUGGAUUGAAAGAUCAUCUUUGGUUCAGCCAUAAAAUACACAUGACAUUUUAAAACAAGCUUUUUUAGGAAUGGGUAUUUCCUAACUUACUGUAUUUAGUUCAGAUCAGUAUUUAAUGUUUGGUUACAUUCAUGAAGCUUAAGUGUUUCAAACUGAAAAUAUUGAGAUCUAUAUUAAAAGUGAGUUUCAGGGUCUGCAUAUUGGUAUGUUUUUAUCAUGAGUGGAAGUUAUUAAAAGUAAUCUUAAAACGAUUAAUAUUUAUAGAACCAUUAGCUCCUCAGAAAUUUGUCCUGGGUGUCUGUUGUCACAAUAGUUUCUGGCAACAAGGAAUUACCAUUAAUAUUAUAAAGAAAAUUAACAUUUGAUUUGUAAUGAGUCCGUGAGAAGUUGCAAUGUUUGAUUUUACUGUUUAAAGUAAUGAUAGCCUUCAUUUUGUAAGAAAUAUUGCACUGAAUCAUAAGAGCUGUUAUUCAACUUAAGGCUAAUGAAAUAGUCCUUUUGAGACAGGAAUUCGCCUAAAAUUUAGAAUUGCAGGUAUAAACAACUUGAAAUUUAUGGUGGAUUUGCAUUCAGCAGUUAAAAGAAAAAUUUGAUGUUAAUUUAAAAGCUAUGUUUUAUUUUACAUGCAGUUACUGUGAUUAAAUAAUCGUUAGUUUCUGAUGGUUUUACCUUUUGAAUUGUUCAUGUAUGAAAUAUAUUGUUCAGUUUUGAAAACAUUGAAAUUUCAGAUAUUCAGUUUGGGCAGAUCUUAUAAAAAGAAAUUAAAUAUUCAAAAUCUUUGUAAAUUCCUAAUAAUUAUCAAGAUGUAGACCCAAUAAUAGCCAAUGUAAAGAUAUGGUUUAUGACAAAUAUGAAGGCAGCUUUGUCUUCAGCAAAUAUUAGGAUUAAAGUAACAGCAAAACAGACAAUGAAUCAUUUUAAUUCAUGCUCUUAUCAUGCUACUUGUUUUUCAACAGAUGAGUUGAGAUUUGCCGAACAUUUUCACUUGAAUUUGGUGUCUCUUUAAAAUGUGAAGACUGUGUUUGAGCGAGAACAUCCUUGCCCAUUGCAAGGUAAAUUUCUACUGUAUACUUAGUGGCAAAUGCACUUACUCAUGCCAGAGAAGCUUGCUCCAAGUGUUGAACAUGGAUCACUUUGUUUUUUUAAAAGGAAAUGCAAGGUUUCUUGUGUUGAACUUUGACUGUCUUUUCAUAGCAUGGAGUAUUAUCCACUGUUUUUCCCCAUGGAUUGUGGAAGUAGCGAGUCACUUAGUAAAUAUCAGCUUGUUCCAAUUUCCAUUGCUUAAAAUGGGUAAAAGCAAGGCUUGGGUUAUAAUAACCAUAUAAGUUAACAUUCUGUAAAGGAGUAUAAUUGGAACCUAUUUAGACCGGUUUGAAUGUUCACUUGAAAGUCAGCUGUUCAAUCUAAUCUUUUAAACGUUUGAAGUAAUUGACAGUCAAGCAGUUAGUUGAAAAGCGCAAGAAUUCAGCACGUUAUUCUCUUCGAAUAGACUCUUGAAAGUUACCUCUCCUAUGAUACCAUGUACUGUCUUUAAAAUUACCAAGUAUUUACCUUAGCAUUCUGGAUCUUUGUCCGUUAGAAGUACGAAAAAUAAGGCUAUUACAGACUUAGAAUGUUAACUCAAAAGUUAACCAUUUUUUUACUUUGCCUGUUACAUACAUAUUUUAACAUAAAUAUUCUGGCAAACAUUUGUUAGAUAUAUAUAACAAAUAAAAAAAACUCAGCAUCUGAUUUUAAGGGGUUCAUAGAAAAUGUUAAAGCUCUUAAAGCUAAAAUUGCCAAUUCAAAAUACUAUCUUCAGUAAAGUAUUCGCCAUGACGUACAUCUGGACUUGCAACAAAGACAGUUGAACAGUGUAGUCAUUUUAUUCAAAGCAAUGUUUUUAGAGAGCAGAGUAAAUGGAAGUUAUAAAAUGAAUUGCUCCCUAUAAAAGUUAUUUCUCUAGAAAUAAGUGCAGUAAGUGGGUCAUUAUUGUACACAGAUUAUGUGCAUAAAAUCAGUCUCAGUCACUCACAGCAGAAUAGUAAUUGGACAUGAUUGCCAUUGUGGGAAAAAAAAAUCACCCAAUAACCUGCACUCUAGCUGAAAAUAGAAUUACUCUCGGCCAGACUGAUAAAACAGCUUCUUCCCUUCAUAUUAAUGGCAGAAAUAAAACAUUAAAAAUAAAAUUAUAUUUGUUAUUGUCAUUUGUUAAUAACCAUCUGGAGCAGAAUUAGACCAUUUUGGCCCAUUGAGUCUGCUCCACCAUUCCAUCAUGGCUGAUUUAUCAUCCCUCUCAGACCUGCUCUCUACCUUCUCCCCAUACUUUUGAUGCCUUUACUAAUCAAGAACCUACCAACCUCCACUUUAAAUAGAUCCAAUGACUUGGAUAAGGUGGUGAAAACUGAUAUCUUUGAAUAUUUCUAAAGUAGAGAUAGGUGGAUACUUGAUACACAAGUGGGAUGAAAGGUUAUCACAGAUAGAAGGCAAUGUAUGUUGCGGUUAAGAUCUGUGAUCUUAUAAAAUGACAUAGCAAGUUUGAGGAGCCAGGUAACCAACUUCUACUCUUUAGUUUUUGGGGAUCUCAAACACCAUUGAAUACCAUGCAAGUCCAACAUGGAAAUGAAGCUGAUAAAAGGGUCAGUAAGGUUGCAUACACACAUGCAAACAAUGAAGUCCCAAAAUCUUGCUGUCACUUUCCAGGGAAAUAUUGAGUUUCACAUGGAACUGCUUGCAUUUCCCUGCAAAUUAUGGCCCCUCACUUGUUGAAAACUAAUCUUUUCAAUUGCAAUUAACCAAAGUGACAGGAGUUUGUUCUUCUGCCAAUCAAUUUUAUAAAGUCAAUAAACCAUAGAAGCCUUGUAGUUUUUUUUGUAAUGGUUCUCAACUUAUUUAUAAAACUUUUACACAAUGACAAGAUGACAUGCAUCACUAAUACUACUUUCUUAACUUCAUCCCACCCCUAUUUGCCACUGGCUAAAUGUGGGCACCUCCAUUUCCUGCUAUAUUUGUCAAAGCACGAUGCUUGUUGCAGUGUGAACUGUAUUUACACAGUUUUGAAGGUCUUCUGAAGGUUUUGUGUGGCUUUAAUUAAUUUUUAUGAUUGGAUUAUAGUUUUAUGGUUUAAUUAACUGUAAAUUUCCAAACCCAAAGCUUGACAUAGCUCAAAUUAGGUUGCUUCUUGCCACUUGCAGUUCCAUAACUGAACUUCUCGGGACGUAUCAUGAUGGUGAAGUUCAAUAUGGGGAAACUCCACUCGUUCAGUUUGCAUCUGUAGAAGACUUGUCAGAUUAAGUUCUCUAAGAUAAAAGCCUAGCAGAUGGUAAGGAGCAAAGGUAGACACAAAUCAGCAGAUGUUAGUGAGGAAAUAUUACAAAUACUCAAUAAGUUAGUCCAAUGAUAUUGAUCUCACUGAAAAUAUAUCAAGCACAAAUAGGAUGAACAAAAUGCACCUUUAUUUUUGUGAACAGCUUCUUUUGUUGUAUUAUAUUUAUUUACAGUACAAUCAAUUUACAAAGUCUAUUCCCCAGUCUGCAAGAUACUGCUCCUGUAGGAAAAGCCCCUCUCUGUUGGGAAUGAAUUAAUUCAGUUUAUGAUAAUUCAAAUAAGUAUAAGGGAACAGUUUAGUCACUGUAAGUCUUAUAUAUCUCCUAAAGUUUAGCAAUAGUUGGAAAAUCAAUGUGAUGUCUUAGAGGGCUAGCUGGUAUUUGAAAGGUACUAGAGAGAAAUAUCAAUAUAAAUGAAAAGAUUUGCUUGAGUAGGCUGCUAACAUGCCAGCUGCUGGUACUUGGCAGUUCAUAACUGCCUGUUCAAGCUGUUUUAAGAGGCAAGCAGAAGUGAGUCACAGAGUCAUACAGCACAGAAACAGCCCCUUCAGCCCACCAUGAAGUAAACCCAUUUACCGGCACUGGUUCAAUAGCCCUCUAUGUCAUGGUAGUUCAGGUGGUCCUCUCAAUGCUUUUAAAUAUUGUGAGAGUAUCUGUAUCCAGGCAACAUUUUCCAGAUUUCAGGCAUUUCCUCGAGUACCUUAUCCUAAAUCUAUGUUUAGACAGUUUGUCCAUCUGGAAAAAUGUGUUUCUAACCAUCCUACCUAUGCCCAUCAUCAUUUUGUAUGCUUCUGUUUUGUACAGCUCAGCCUACUCGUCUCUGAAAAUACCCUGCCUUUACCUAAAUCUGUCAGUUGUGUAAAUUAAUAUCAACAGUUAAAUCUCUAAUUCAAUGAAACACAAGUAAGGGUGCAUGCAUGGUUAUUUGCAAUUCAUAUCAAAAUUGAUUUGUUUUUAAUUGAGAUUUCAGUGGGACUAAGAUGUUGUGAAAUUGAUUCCUGCUUUAUAGCGCACUUACAUGGAAAAAAAUUUCCUAUUCAUUAACAUUGCAUUCAGUGUGGUAGAGUCUCAAAUUCUUGCAGUUUCUACACCAGACAAAAUAAUCAAAGUCCAUUGUAAGCCAACAUUAACCUGCUUUACAAUCAACCAUCAACAAUAAGUCUGAUGCUAAGGUAGGGGAUAUUCUAUGAUGAGGGUAUUUUUUUUUUAAUAGUUAUAGUCUGUUUUCAAAUUGUUAUUGGCAGUGAAAGGAUAGCUGUAAUUGAUGGAUGUCAAUGUUUGAAGGAAUUUUCUUUAUGCUACAUUUAAGUUAGUUUGUGUGAUCUUACAAGUUCACUGAAUCCAAAAUCAUGAAGUAGACAAUAAUAAAAUUAGAUUAACUAUGUGUACACUGCAUCACUAGUAGAGAGAAGCUGGGAACCUACACAAAUGUGAUAUGGAUCAACAUUCCUCACCAAAAUGAUUUGUGCCAAUUUGGUUUACAGGACAUCAUUAAAAAAUUUAACCUGAAGCCUUCAGAUCCUACAUGCUUCAUUUAAUGACCUGUUCACAGCAGAGCCUACAUUUCAUAUUUUAUUGUUACAUGCUUGCACUUUCAGUAAUGGCAAUAUUAAAUAAAAUCAAUUCAUGAAAAUAUUAAAGAAAAGCCUAAUCAAAUAUCCCAUCUAUAUUCUUAGGUAUUUUGAAAGCACUUAGUCAAUAAUGUACCUUUGUUAAUGAUCUGUAAUUGUACAGUAAAAAAAUUAAACUUUGAUAUAAGGUGGAUAUUGUAACUUUAUAAGUAAUGUAACAUAGAAGUCAUUUGAUAUUGAAGAAUUAUUUUGGAUACAUAUAAUUUUCUUCACAAAUCUCACAACACUAAAACAUAUUGUUCACCAAAGCACAGCUUUCAGAAAAGCUGACAUGGGAGUGUGUGUGUGUGUGUGUGUGUGUGUGUGUGUGUGUGUGCUUUCAGUGUGGAAAUGUACAGUAUGUUUAAAUUCAGUCCAUGUAUUGAACUCCAUGCCUUAGUGCCAAAACCUGUGUGUGGAUUAUUUAUGUGUAUGGAUCAUCAAGUUUUUAUGUAAAUUAAAAUAGACUUGUAGUACUCUUGUAAUUAUUGUAUGUUUCAUUGAAAUGUCUUGUAACACAAUAACUUAUUUUAUUUGUAAUAUUUGGCAUCUGUUAUAUUUUAUUCAGUAUACCAGUUGAAAGUUGGAAUAAAAUUUGUCUUUUAAAAAAAAGCAAGACACAUUUGAUGUAAUAGAUAACCUAUUUUUUUCAUUUAGCCUUCCCUCAAAUGUAAUUUUACUUUCAAUCAACGAACAAUUCUGUGUUCUAAGUUUUUGACUUGUGUCAAAAUGAUAUAUAGCAUCACAGAAAAAGGGCAUAUGUUCAGGUCUCGUCAACCCAUGUUGAUUAUUUUGGAUGAAUAAUGUUCGUAAUCUCAUUUGCCUGCUCAAUUUUCAUAUUUCUUUAUAUAAUCUUCUUUAACCACCAACCUAGCCUAGUCCAAAAUAUUGACAUGUGAGGUAAACUUCUGUUAUAACACUUUAUAGUUUUGUUUUGCAAAGGUACGGUCCUUGCUCUUAAUAAGCUUGAGACUUCCUUUUCAGCUUACAGUAAAGGGUGGAAUUGCAACCAUGUUUGAAUAUUUUACUGUUAUCAACAUUCGUAUAUACUUGA